GUUGUAGUCUUCAUUUACGACAGUUUACAAAUCGUAUUAACACUUCAGUGGAUGCAGCGUGUGCACAAAACUGAGAUCAAAUAAAAAUACGAAGAAAAUAUUUGGCUAAAAAAAAUAAAAAAAAUAAAUAAAUAAUUUCGUUCAGAUGUACGAAAGACGUUAAAUGUUUAGUGGUGAUAUUAAAUCAAAUUAUCGUUAUUAUUUUGGAAAUUGGUGUUUGUUGUUUACCACUCGUGUAGUAGGUCUGUGCUAAUAUGCCUAAACAUUUAAUUAUUAGCGAAAAUAACAUUGAAAUUACUGAAAAGUUGUCGUAAAGAUAAAUCACAAUCCAAUAAUGAAAAUAAUCGAAAUAAUGAUUGAAAAAGAAAUUUUAUAAAAAAAAAAAUUCGUGAAAUAUGUUAACAGUUUACAGUCAUAAUCACUAAUAUCAGACACUGAGUGAAACUAAAAUAAUCUAAAUUUGAGUUUGGAAUCAACUUGAAUGUGAUGGAAAUGGCAGAGAAUAAAGGUGGAUUGUACGUAAUAUCAGAUAAAUUAACUUCGAAUGUAGAUUUGCCACUAACAAAAUCAGGCGUGGAGUCAAAGGAAAUACUGACGAUCCGUGAUGAGGAAAAACCAAAAGUUGGAAGAAAUGGAGCAAUUGGCGGUGGAGAUGCUCAUGCUAUCAAUUCUGAUCAUCCAACAUCUUACCUAGAAACCAUAACGCAUUUGCUGAGAGGAAACAUUGGUUCAGGUGUGUUUGCAAUGGGCGACGGUUUCAAAAAUGGAGGUCUCUUCCUAGCUCCGGUUCUUACUUUAUUCAUUGGAGUCGUUAGUGUACAUAGUCAGCAUAUACUACUAAAAGUUUCGAAAAGAAUGAGAGAUAAAUUCGGCUACGAAACUGAUCCAGAUUUUGCCUUAACCGUGGAACUUGCCUUUGCAAGUGGACCGCCCAUGUUGCGGAGUUGGGCCCGAUCGAUGAAAAUCAUUGUAAAUAUUUUCAUUUGUGUAACGCAAAUUGGAUUUUGUGCAAUUUAUUUUGUAUUUAUUAGCUCCAGUUUAAAGCAAGUUUUCGAUUACUAUGGCUUUGAGAUGAAUGUACAAUUAGUUUUGGCCUUCACACUUGUACCCAUGCUAAUACCAUCGCUCAUAACAAACCUUAAGUAUUUAGCCCCAUGUUCGUUGAUUGCAAAUUUUCUUAUGGCAACGGGCAUCGGUGUUGUUUAUUAUUAUGCAUGCAAAGACCUUCCAAGUGUGACCGAGCGGAAUUAUUUUCCUCCAAACUUUCAAACGUUACCGUUAUUUUUCGGGACAGCAAUUUUUGCAUUCGAGGGAAUCGCAUUGGUACUACCGCUCAAAAAUUCGAUGAAAAAUCCAUCUAAUUUUUCCCGUCCAGCUGGUGUUCUUAAUAUGGGUAUGAUUUUCGUCACAACAUUGUUCAUCACAUUUGGUUUUGUCGGAUAUUUGUGUUGGGGUGAUGAUGUUGCUGGCAGUUUAACAUUAAAUUUACCGCAGGAUGAAAUAUUGGCACAAGUGGUGAAGGUCACUGUUUCACUGGGGAUGUGGUUAACAUUUCCGCUGCAAUUUUUCGUUCCCAUUCAAAUAAUGUGGCCACAAAUUAAUCAGAGAUUUGGCCCAUUCAAAAAUCCUUUGAGAUACGAAUUACUGUUCCGGACGCUAAUGGUCCUGAUAACCUUCACGAUAGCUGAAUUGGUACCGAGAUUAAAUUUAUUUAUUUCCUUGAUCGGUGCUUUGUGUGCCACUGCCCUAGCAUUGGUGUUUCCUCCAGUGAUACAAUUGGUAUCAUCUUUCAGCACUUCUGAAGGUCUAGGAGUAUUAGUGAUACUAAAAAAUUGUGUAAUUUUGACGAUAGCCAUACUGGGAUUUUCAACAGGAACCUACGAAAGUAUUUCGGCACUAGCGGUUGCCUUUUUUGAUUGACAAUCGUGACAACAUGAGAGUAAAUAUUUUUUUAGUUUAUUUGAUGUACACUAUAUUAUUAUAAUGUUUUUGACAAUAAAUACAUGUGAAUUUAAAAAAA